UCAAAGAAGCGGAGGGAAAAGCCGACGAAGAAGAAGAAGCGGACCGGAGCAGGAAGUGUAUGUUCGUCGGUCCAUGUGUUGCCGUUCACUGGCUCAUUCAUUAUCCAAACGACAACUUUAACUACAUAACAUAUUGUAUUUUCUCACGGAUCACGAAACAUCACUGUGAUUUCAGGACACGUAUACACAUUUCGCGCGAAAUAAGCCAAAGAAAAGCGGUGUCGUUUCUGCAAGUAGACAGUAACUAACGCUAGCUAGCUAACAGAAAAAUAAAAAAAAGUCACAUUGGAGACACUCAACUCCGCUAUCUGAAUGAAAAGUGCAGUGGAUGCUAGCAUGAUCAAGGAAAACCGGUGGAACAUACCGCCCAAUGCUCCAGCAUGCAUGGAGAAGCAUCUGUGCUCGGCGCAAUACAGAGCAGAUGGCACUCUGCUGCUUGGUGCCUCCAGCCUCAGUGGCAGGAGCUGGCAGGGAUCCGUUUGGAUCUACAGUGACCCUGCGAAGGCCCCCAAUGAGGAACUCUGCAAAGCUGGUGUGCAGACUGAGGCUGGAGUCACAGAUGUCAAAUGGGUGUCAGAAAAGGGUGUUGUUGUUGCUUCAGACUCAGGUGCCUUGGAGUUCUGGGAACUGGCAGAGGAUGAACGCCUGCUCCUGAAUCGCUUCACUAAAUACGAACACGACCACAUUGUCACAACAGUGAGCCCGGUUACUGGAGCAAGCAGUGCUGUCACUGGUAGCAUGGACUGUCGAAUUAAAGUCUGGGAUCUCAGUCAGGAGACGGUCGUCACUACCUACAGUGUGCACACACAGCCUAUCAACUGUGUUGCAUGCAGUCCUACAGACGAGUCUCUCUUCCUCUCGUGUGGUCAGGAUGGUCGUGUGCUGAUGUGGGACACGAGAAAGCCAAACAAACCUGCCUCUAGAAUAGAUGUCGAGUCCCCCAGAUGCUCCCCCACCACUGUAGCCUGGCACCCCCACCACAGGAGCAGCAUUGCUUUUGGUGAUGAGCUGGGCAGAGUGACUGUGAUGGACUUCCUGGGCACAGAGCCGACCCGCGUGGAGAAAGUCCACAGCCGCAGAGUUAAUGGGCUCGCCUUCUCUACACAUGGUGCCUCCAUGCUAGCCUCCAUAAGUGAUGAUUGUUCCCUUGCUGUUUUGAACUCUGAACUGCAAGAAAUACUUAGAGAUCGGCGACACCAGGACUUUGUCAAAGGUGUGUGCUGGCUCCAUGGUGGCUCUGACACUCUCACAACCGUAGGCUGGGAUCACAUUGUGCUUCAUCAUACAGUGGGUUCAUCUACUGGAGCUCCCAACUCCUCCUCCUCAUAGAACCUCCAGUCACUAACAUACCUUGAAAGAGUGUGGUUUAAAAGUAAAUAUCACUCUACCAACCCCCAUUUCUGAGGAGUGUCCAUUUAUAUCUAAAAAGAAAAAUCUAAUAUGUCAGUCAGGAAAUAUAGAUUGAGAUGUUUCAUUGUCAAUAAGUAGAUCUCUGCACAGUAUUUGGACUUAAGCUCCCCCAGUCCUAGCUUGGGUGCAUUACUACGUUACUCUCCUCUGUCUCGCUGUGGUGGACUUCUUUCAUGCUCUUACUGCAUUUCCAUGUGUAACUACACUUAAGGCAACCCAUUUGUAAUGCUUAAUUUUACAUUAAAGUUAACUUUAUGUUGUGAUAGCAA